GUGCUAAUCAAUUAGAGUGGAACAUAUGUAUGACUUUAUUUGGAGGUUUAGUUUGAUAUUCAAAGAUUUGAACUGUUCUUGAACAGCUCUUUUCCAGCACGUCUAUUACAGUGAAGGAAUUCCAUUCCCCUCCACCGUAUCAGUAGAUCCUCUAACUUUAUGCAUAGAGUAGGAGACCAUCCAGGACAUUAUCUCAAAAAUGGAGAGAGAGAAGAAGAGGCAUAGGAACACUGCUCAGACAACCAAUGACACAGUGCAAAUAAUCAAUGGUGGUGGUUCUGACCGCUUAAGGGAAUUGCCUAAGCCUAUUCUUUAUUCAAUUCUUUCCCUCUUGCCAAUCAAAGAUGCAAUAAGAACAUCAGUCCUAUCCCAUAAGUGGAAGAAUGUUUGGACCAAGAUUCCCCACUUGAAUACAGAUCUGCAAUCCGUGCUCCCGAGGAGAUUUCCUUAUCGUAAAGCUACCAAGAAACACGAAAGGUUUAUCUAUGGCGUAAAUCGAAUCUUUAUUCAUCGCAAGAGCUUGAUUCAAAGGUUUAGCAUAGAGGCUGACUUCUGUCUUUGCCACAAUGCUCUGGAUAUGUGGAUCUUUCUCCUAGUAGACAGAAAGAUUGAGGAACUCUUUCUCUGCAACCAGCGUCUCACGAAGGAGUCCAACAAAGUUUAUGAGGUACCCAAUCUUUUGCUCAAUUGUAAGUCACUGAAGUUGUUGGAGAUUGUUGAUUGCAAGCUUAAACCUCCACCCAACUUUAAGGGUUUCAGCAAUAUGAGGACUCUCAAGCUCAAUCAAUGUGUACUAAGGGAUAGCUUGGUUCAAGCCAUAUUGAAGUCUCCACUUCUUGAGACACUAGACUUCUGUGAUUGCAAGCUAGAACCCAGCUCCAAUUUUGUUUGUUUUCCUAGAGUAAAAACUCUUAAGUUUAACCGAUGCGAAAUCGCAGAGAUCCUGAUUGAGAGUAUACUUACAAAAUCUCGUUGUCUUGAGUUCUUAUUAAUAGAUGAUUGCUGGGGUUUCAACCAUAUUUUGGUUAGUCUUCCGAAUCUUCGAGUGUUACAUGUUAAGUGUGCAGUCACUGUUCAUCUUGAGAAAACACCAAAGCUUGAGGAUGUUUUACUUUCACCAACUUUUCUUUGUAAAGAACAGGAAGAUGAUUAUAGAGCAGCGCUCUCUGACCGCAAAAUCUUUUGGGGUCAUUUGCUGCGUGUUGAAACCCUUUCCCUUGGAUCUCUCAUUAUAAGGGGCCUCGGUUCAAUUGCCAUUAAUUGGUAUUCUGUGGGGACAUUUGAGAAUUUAAGCAAGUUAGAGCUGGGAAUUUUACCUAUCGAAGAAAAGGACAGAAGCAUGGUUUCCAACUUGCUUCGUGUUUCUCCUUUUAUAAAGAAACUCAUUGUUGGGGAUGACCCUCACAGGCAUGCAAUUGAAUCUUAUUGUGAAGACAAGUAUUGGGAGACCCAAGAAUCUUGCCAUUGCCUCAUGAAACAUCUUGAGACCAUUCACAUAUCAGUCUCAAGAAUCUACCUCCUGCAUAGGCUGUAUGGUAGGCCAGGUUAUGAAAUCGCAAGAGCAGGGCCUAUUUUUGAUAUGGAAUUUGCGAAAUUCUUACUUGGCCAUUCGUGUGUGUUGAAGACAAUGAGAAUCCAUAUGCGUUUGCUGUCCCAUAACCGGAAGGAAGACAAGGAUGUGAUCAGAGCAGAUCUCAUGCGAGUUAAAUGGGCAUCUCCCGAUGUCAACUUAAUAUUCCCUUGAAUUUGUGGAGAUUUUUUCCAAAUGAACUACUAGCAAUA